AUGAAAGAAGCAUCCGUCCUCCUGAUGCUCAUCGCCUUCCAAGUGGUGGCACUAUCUGCAACCUCUUCCGGGAUCUCCAUAGCGUUGCCAGGGUGCCCUGACAAGUGUGGCAACGUGUCAAUCCCCUACCCCUUUGGCAUCGGCAAUGGCUGCGCCGCAGCUAGCUUGAACAGCUACUUCACCGUCACCUGUAACAGCACCUUCCAACCCCCACGACCAAUGAUUGGUGACCCUUCGGGAUUAUCAGAGAUCAUUGACAUCUCCCUGGAGCGCGCUGAGAUGCGCGUUUACGGCCCCGUCAGCUACAACUGCUUCACAUCGAACACCACAGUCAUGGACAACUACACCAGCGGCUUCAACUUGGUGGGUACGCCAUUCAUCCCCUCGACCACGCGCAACCGCUUCAUGGUCAUCGGCUGCAACACCAUGGGUAUCAUUGGUGGCUACCUGCACAGCAACCCAGACCUGUAUGUGGCCGGCUGCUACUCCUACUGCCAGGGCAUCAACAGCACGUCCAACGGUGCGCCGUGCACUGGGAAGGGCUGCUGCGAAACCACCAUCACCCCAAACCUCACCGACUUUGCGGCGCUCUUGAUCAUCAACCAGAGCAGUGUAUGGACAUUCAACCCAUGCUUCUACGCGAUGCUUGCAGAGGUUGGAUGGUACAGCUUCAGGCAGCAGGACCUUGUCGGGCAUCUUGGGUUCAUCAACAAGAGAGCCAAGAGAGGUGUCCCUGUUAUUUCUGACUGGGCCAUCAGAAAUGGCUCCUGCCCAAAGGAUGGAGCAACGGCGCCAAUGGGUUAUGCAUGUGUCAGUUCAAACAGCUAUUGUGUGGGUGCAACCAAUGGCCCAGGCUACAUGUGCAACUGUUCUGAAGGAUAUGAGGGCAAUCCUUAUCUCCCCAGAGGCUGUCAAGACAUAGAUGAGUGCAAGCUGCAUAAGCAAAACUCCAAGUAUACAGAAUUAUACCCAUGCAGAAAUGGGGUAUGUCGCAACAUACCAGGAGGUUAUGUAUGCAAAUGCGGGAUAGGAAAAAAAUCAGAUGGCAAAAAUUCUGGAUGUCGACCUGUGCUAACCCAAGCUGAACAGGUGGUUAUCGGCCUCAGUGUUUCCUCAGUUGUGGUGAUAGCAUUGGCAUGCCUGUUGGCCAUGAAAUUUCAAAGAAGAAAGCACAGGAAGGAGAAGGACGAGUAUUUUAAACAAAAUGGAGGUCUGAAAUUAUAUGAUGAGAUGAGGUCAAGGCAAGUGGACACCUUUCAUAUACUUACAGAGAAAGAGGUAAAGAAAGCCACAGAAAACUACAGCAACGAUCGAGUUCUUGGUUGUGGGGGUCAUGGAAUGGUUUACAGAGGAACUUUAGGUGAUGGCAAAGAAGUUGCCAUAAAGAAGUCCAAAGUAAUCAACGACGACUGCAGAGAAGAAUUUGUAAAUGAGAUAAUAAUAUUGUCACAGAUUAACCAUAGGAACAUCGUGAGGUUACUCGGUUGCUGCUUGGAGGUAGACGUUCCAAUGUUGGUGUAUGAGUUUGUAUCCAAUGGUACCCUCUUUGAGUUCCUUCAUAGCAAUGAUCAUAAAUCAAUAAUCCCAUUGGAUCUUCGACUGAAGAUUGCUACACAAUCAGCAGAGGCCCUUGCUUACAUCCAUUCAUCAACUUCUCGCACAAUUCUGCAUGGGGAUGUCAAAUCACUCAAUAUACUUUUGGAUAAUGAAUACAAUGCAAAAGUUGCAGAUUUUGGAGCAUCGGCACUGAAGCCCAUAGACAAAGAUGAUUUCAUCAUGUUUAUCCAAGGAACUCUUGGGUACCUUGACCCUGAGUCUUUUGUCAGUCAUCACCUUACUGACAGAAGUGAUGUCUACAGUUUUGGGGUUGUUCUUCUAGAGCUACUAACAAGAAAGAAGGCUAUAUUCAUUGACAAUCUUAAUGAACAGAAAGCGCUAUCGCAUGCCUUCAUCAUGACGUUUCACCAGAAGAAGCUCCGCGAUAUACUGGAUGAUGAUAUAAUAGAAGAUGAAGUUACGGUGGUGCUCGAGAAACUAGCUGAACUCGUCAUGCAUUGUUUGAACCCAAGAGGAGAUGAGAGGCCAACAAUGAAGGAAGUAGCAGAGCGUUUGCAAAUGUUGAGGAGAAUCCAGAUGCAGCAAGUCACCACACCAAAUCCUAUGAGGACGCAAUACCCUGAUGGAGAAUCAUCAAUGUCUAUAGCUUCUGACGAAAUGAAAUACCAGAGCACCAACACAGCCAAAUUGGUCCUUGAUGUGGAUCGUGCAAGAUGACUACUGUAUGUAUCUUUCUUGGCCUGCUGGGGUAACAGUGAAUGUACUUUCUUGUGAAACACUAGUCACAUCUUUCAUUAUCACUGUAUCUGUUUAAAGGGCAGCCCCAGUGCAUGUAGCUCCCGCUUGCGCAGGGUCUGGGGAAGGGUCCGACCACUUUGGGUCUAUUGUACGCAGCCUUUCCCUACAUUUCUGCAAGAGGCUGUUUCCAGGACUUGAACCCGUGACCUCAUGGUCACAAGGCAGCAGCUUUAUCACUGUAUCUGUUUCUUUAUGUAUAAUGGUUAUCUCAUGAUUUCUAGGACAGCUCUGUAAUUAUGCUGCUGUGUGUACACAUAGU